AUGACGGUUCAUCUCCGCUCAGUCAACUCGCGCACGGAGCAACUCCAGUGGCCCAUGCCACAGCUCGAAGUCGCCCUCGGUUUCCUCACUGGCAGCCGUUUUUACUUCGCGCUCGAUUGGUUUCGUGAUUACUGGCAGCUGUCACUGUCCCCUGGAAGCCAGGAACUGUUCACUAUUAUGACUCAUCGCGGCAUGAUGACGCCGACGCGUGUGUCCAUGGGUGGUUCCGACAGCGUAGGCUAUUGCCAAUCAUGCGUUGAACUCAUUUUCAAAGAUGUGUUGUAUCGUGGGGUCCUCGCCUGGCUAGAUGACAUUCUGGGUUACGCUUCUACGGAAGAUGCGCUUCUCGACAUUUUGGACCGCGGGCUCCAGGCAUGCGCGUCCUCGGACCUCAAGCUACACCCAAACAAGUGUUCGUUUUUUCUCAAGCGUGCGAAGCGGUGCGUCGUUGGGGUAUCGUAUCACCUGUCGUCUCCGCCAGCUCUGUUGCACUGGCCCCUGUGCCUCUCUCUACUGCAGACUGCUGAUUUUGUUUGGCCCACGCUCGAUGAGAUUGCUAACAUUCAGCGUGGGUAUGACCUUGUGUGGAUUCCAGAUGAAGCGCGAUCGCUCCAAGCUCACCUCCUCGUGAUUGCUCAUGCCCACCUUUCUGACCAUCGUGGUGUGAACGCUACGCUAUUAUCACUCACUGAAUGGUGCGUGUGGGUUGCGCAGGCUGCCGAUUUCGCGGCGUUCGUUCAGUGCUGCUUGCACUGUAUCUGUGUGUCGGGUCGCAUGGUGCCACGUCCGCUUGGUGAGGCCCUCCAUGUCACCAAGCCCAACGAGCUGCUCCACACCGAUUUUCUAACCCUGCCCAAGGAUACGCUCACCGGCUGGCAAUACGUCCUGGCUCUCAAGGACGAUGCCUCUGGCUACUGUAUGCUUAUUGGAUUCAAGACCGCUACAGCCGAUGCCUUUGUCACAGGUUUGGACAUUCUGUCUUUUGCGCGCUACAACGAGGGUGGCCACAUGGUGCGCGCUUUUGGUGGCGUUCGCCCUGCGCGUGACUCGUUUGAGGUCAUGGUGUACUGGCUCGGGUUGUCUGAUGAUGAAGCCACGUGGGAGCCGCUAUCUACGCUGCUUGAAGACGUGCCGAUUUUAUUACAGCGUUAUUUUGAUGCUACCUUCGAUACUCCACAUGUUGCGGAUGCCCAAUGCUUUUUGGCCCAACAUUCCCCCGACGAUCGUGUCCCCCCUGCUCUCAAGGUGCCCCAUUUUACCCCUCCUGAUGAUGACCCAGUGACUCUGUCUGCCCCUGCAACGUCUCGUUCCACCUCGACGCCUCGUCCCGCCGCCUCGUCUCGUCCACGUUCGCGUUUGCAGCCUACCCGCUCAGCCGCCCCUGCGCCAGUGGAGGUUGCCUCGCCGCCGUCUCACCCUCCACGUGUUGACAAACUCAUGUCUGCUCCCUUUCGCCAACCUUCUGUGCAGCCUGCACAGGCCGCAGUUCCAGCCGUGAUCCCGUUGCGCCGCAAAAUGUCCCUGGGGUGA